CGAAGAGUCUCCGGAGCCGCAGAAGCGGCGCACUCGAUCCACCAGAGCGAAGAAGCCUUCGGUGCGGUUUGAUACCUCGGACGUGAAAGGGGCUUCAGCGAAAGGCAGGGAGGAGUCCCGAGAGUCCUCGAACCCAGAUGACUACCAGGAUGGACUGGAAGACCUCGUUUCAAUGCAAUUGCAGGAGGAUCUUACCAAUAGUGACUCAGUCCAAGUCGAUCAGACGGCUGCGAAAGAAGGUCCGCUUCCUGCGUAUGCCGAACAGUUCCAGUCUAUCGUCCAAACGGGCUUGACGAAAGAAUUACGAUUUCUUACCCAGGUUGUCCUCGAGAAGUUGAACGGGAAAAAGAGGGUGCCUCUCAAGGGGCUGGAGACAGAAUUCGACAAGGUCAACCAGCUCGUUGAGCAGACGGUCUCGAUCGGCGAGAGUAACUCGAUGCUGCUUCUCGGCUCGCGCGGCAGCGGGAAGACGGCCAUUCUUGAGACGAUCAUCGCGACGCUGAGGAGGUCGCAUAAGAACGAUUUCCACGUCGUCCGACUCAACGGCUUUCUACACACGGACGACCGACUGGCGCUCCGGGAGAUGUGGCGCCAGCUUGGUCGCGAGACGAACACCGAGGAUGAAGCCGGCAAGGUCAGUAGCUAUGCCGAUACGAUGGCCACUCUGUUGGCGCUCCUAUCCCAUCACGAGGAGCUCUUUGGCCCUUCAUCAGACCCCGAAAACGCGACUGCCGCCAAGUCGAUCGUCAUCAUCCUGGACGAGUUCGAUCUCUUCGUGACACACCCUCGCCAGACGCUUCUGUACAACCUGUUCGACAUUGCGCAAGCGCGCAAGGCCCCCAUCGCGGUCCUGGGACUCACCACCAAGGUGGAAGUAACAGAGAUGCUGGAAAAGCGCGUCAAGAGUCGCUUCAGUCAUCGUUACGUCUACGUACCUCUUCCACGAAGCCUCGAGGUAUUCUCCGACAUCUGCUUCGCGGGUCUCAACCUCGAGGACGACGAGGUCUUGGACCUGCUGGAAGACGCGGAUCCUGCUGAGCAAGCGAUCCUCAAGUCCGAGGGCUGGGGAAGAAUCCUCGCAGCAUGGAGGACGUAUCUACAGAACCUAUGGACCGACGAAGCAUUCUCCGCUCACCUACGACGGAUCUACUACCAAACCCGAUCCGUGAAGGAGUUCUUCACCAGCGCCCUGGUGGCCAUCAGCGAACUGCACCACAGCACCUACACCAACGGUGGCGGCAACAACUCCCAGCUCACCAUCCCCACCGCCACCACGUUCACCAGUCACCCGCUCGCCUGCCCCGAUCCAGCCCCGUUACCCUUCGCCCCCACGAUCACCGCCUCCGCGAGCCCAUCCUCUCUCCCGCUCUCCCUCCUUCUCGCCGCCACCCGCCUCGCCGCGCUCUACGACCCAGGCCUCGAGAGCGUCCAGACCCCAUCCGGAUCCGGAUCCGGGCCCCUGGCCCUCUCCUUCCCCGCCGCCUACGCCGAGUACGUGCGCCUGCUCACCUCGGCCAAGACCUCGGCCUCGGUGUCCGGCGCGGCCGUCACCCCCGGCCGCGUCUGGGGCCGGGAUGUCGCCCGCGAGGCGUGGGAGAAACUCGUCAGCUGGGGCCUCAUCAGCCCCGUCGGCAGCGGCAGCGGCACGACGGAUGCGCGCAUGUUCCGGGUGGAGAUUAGCUUCGACGAGGUGGUCGAGAUGGCUGGCACGGGCGGGUCGUUGGGUCGCUGGUGGCGCGAUGGGUAG